GGUGGGAUAGAGUUGCCAUCGAAAAGCGGAAGUCCCCACCCAGCCUGGCAGGAACUUCCGGCCCCGAUUGCUUGGGUCUUCUGUGGCCUGAGUGGGGCGGCGGAGGCGGGAUGGUUCUGCUGGAGAGUGAGCAGUUCCUGACGGAGCUGACCAGGCUCUUCCAGAAGUGCCGGCUGUCGGGCAGCGUGUUCAUCACCCUCAAGAAGUACGAUGGCCGAACUAAACCCAUUCCGAGGAAGGGCUCAGUGGAGGGCUUCGAGCCCUCAGACAACAAGUGCCUGUUAAGAGCCACUGAUGGGAAAAAGAAGAUUAGCACAGUGGUGAGCUCCAAAGAAGUGAAUAAGUUUCAGAUGGUGAGUUUCUGCUGUUAUCUAUGUCCCUUUCUCAGGGCAAGUCAGCAUAACAUUGAACACUGGGCUUAUUCAAACCUACUGAGAGCAAACAUGGACGGGCUGAAGAAGAGGGACAAAAAGAGCAAGAGUAAGAAGAGCAAAGCAGCACAGUGACGGGCCCCAGAUUCCCUGCUUUCACCAACUAACCACCAAAUUGCUAUUUUUCCUUCGGUUUUUACUUUUGGCCACAAAACUAGGUUUCUGGUUCCCCUACAUUAACUGUUUUCAUGUGAGAUUAUGUUCGUUUUGGACGGAAGGAGAGCUGUGAUGUUUACAGGGUAGUUAUAAGAAGCCAGUUUAUUUUAGAUCUGGCUAGUUGGUCUAUGUUGCCUACUUGUGUAUUCCUGGAUUUUAGUUAUAGAAUCUGUAGGCAUCUGUGCGAAGAACAAUGCAUCAUUAAACCUGUCUAUUUAUCA